UAAGGUUUUGCAGCUUUUACUUCAUUGACUUCUGGAGCGAGUUGGCUUCUGAGUUUGAAUUAGCGUGUAAUGUUCAUUGAAAAGCAGCAGAACCUGCCGAAAAGAGCCUGGGCUCUGGUAUUUUCGGGGAGCAGUCGACUGGUGAAGGGCAAAAGCUGUUGACUUGGGAGCUCAGAGGAAGAAGAAGGAAGGGUGGGGGGCGGUCUCCUCGAGGGGAAGAAUGGUCGCUAUGGCUUUGCUUCUAGAACAAGGACCUUAGGAAAAGGAUUCCAAGUUCUCCUGGCGGUUUUGAAGACGUUUGUGGGCUUAUGUUGUGGUCCAGUUUCUAGGUCUGUUCUACUGGCCUGGGAUAGUUCAGUGUUUUUGUUUUGUUUUCAUUAAGGGCGAAGCAAUGUUAAUCCCCCAGGAAUAUAUUGCGUGAAGCAAUUCAACCUUCAGUUUUAUUGCAUGAGAAUGGUAUGUUUAAGUGUAGCAUAGGUUAUAAUGACAGGAGGAACAUCGGCUAUAUUUUAAAGUGGAACGGAGCAUUUUCGUGACAACUUUUGACCACCUUUGCGUUAACCUUUUGGCUGCUGCUUUUUGCCAAGAUGAGCGCCCACCCUUUCUCCACUCCCUUCGACCGGGAGCGGCGAGUCCGGAGCACCCUGAAGAAAGUCUUUGGAUUUGAUUCUUUUAAAACACCUUUACAAGAGAGUGCGACCAUGGCUGUAGUGAAAGGUGACAAGGAUGUUUUUGUGUGCAUGCCCACAGGGGCAGGGAAGUCUCUUUGUUACCAGCUCCCUGCCCUGCUGGCCAAAGGGAUCACCAUCGUCAUCUCUCCUCUCAUCGCUUUGAUUCAGGACCAGGUAGACCACCUGCAGGCCUUGAAGGUACAAGUUAGUUCCCUGAACUCAAAGCUGUCAGUACAGGAGAGGAAGGAGCUGCUGUCUGACCUGGAGCGAGACAAACCUCGGACCAAACUUUUGUACAUCACUCCGGAGAUGGCAGCUUCAGCCUCCUUCCAGCCCACCCUGAACUCCCUCAUGUCCCGAAACCUGCUCUCCUACUUGGUGGUGGAUGAAGCUCAUUGUGUUUCCCAGUGGGGACAUGACUUCCGUCCUGACUAUUUGCGUCUGGGUGCACUACGUUCCCGCCUGGCACAUGCCCCUUGUGUGGCUCUGACUGCUACAGCCACCUCACAAGUUCAGGAGGAUGUGCUUACUGCCCUGCACUUGAAGCAGCCAGUGGCCUCUUUCAAGACUCCCUGCUUCCGGGCCAAUCUCUUCUAUGAUGUGCAGUUCAAGGAGCUCAUUUCCGACCUCUAUGGGAAUCUGAGGGACUUCUGCCUUAAGGCUCUGGGACAGAAGGCUGAUAAAGGGGUGUUAUCUGGCUGUGGCAUUGUCUACUGCAGGACUAGAGAGGCUUGUGAACAGCUGGCCAUAGAGCUAAGCAACAGGGGUGUGAACGCCAAGGCUUACCAUGCAGGGCUGAAGGCUUCUGAUAGAACACAGGUACAGAAUGAGUGGAUGGAGGAAAAGGUCCCUGUAAUUGUUGCAACAAUCAGUUUUGGGAUGGGAGUGGACAAAGCUAAUGUCCGGUUUGUUGCCCAUUGGAAUAUUGCCAAGUCCAUGGCUGGCUACUACCAGGAGUCUGGCCGUGCUGGCAGGGAUGGAAAACCAUCUUGGUGCCGUCUCUAUUACUCUAGGAAUGACAGAGACCAAGUCAGCUUCCUCAUCAGAAAGGAAAUAGCCAAACUCCAGGAAAAGCGAGGGAGCAAAGCGCCUGAUAAAGCCGCCCUGCUGGCCUUUGAUGCCCUGGUGACCUUCUGUGAAGAACUGGGGUGCCGUCAUGCUGCCAUUGCUAAGUACUUUGGGGAUGCACCACCUGCCUGCGCCAAAGGCUGUGACCACUGCCAGAGCCCUGCAGCUGUAAAGAAGAAGCUUGAUGCCCUAGAGCACAGCAGCAGCUGGAGCAAGACCUGCAUCGGGCCCUUUCAGGGGAGUGGCUUUGAUCCUGAGCUGUAUGAGGGAGGCCGCAGAGGCUAUGGGGGCUUCAGCAGGUAUGAUGAAGGUUCUGGAGAUAGCGGUGAUGAGGGCAAACAUGAGGCCCACAAGCGGGAAUGGAAACUUUUCUAUCAGAAACAGAUGAGCCUGCGCAAGAGCAAAGAGACCAAGAUAGAAGAAUUCACACCCCCAGAUGGAGACUGUCCCCUGAGAGAGGCUUCAAGCAGGAAGAUCCCUAAGCUCACAGUGAAGGCCCGUGAGCACUGCCUGCAGCUUCUGCAGGAGGCUCUGAGAAGUAACCACCAGGCUUCAGGGUCCACUGAUGGAGCUGCCCUGCAGGCCAAGGCUGUGGAGCUGGAGCAUGCAGCAUUCCGAAAUGCCAAGAUGGUCAACCUGUACAAGGCCGGUGUUCUGAAGAAGGUGGCCGAGAUCCACAGCGCCUCCAAGCAUGGUCAGCUCUAUGACAUGGAAGGUGGCGGCAGGGGUCGCAAUGCCGGGGCUGAACCCUUGGAGCCCAAUGACUAUGACAUCCCACCAACCUCACAUGUCUACUCGCUCAAACCCAAGAGAGUAGGAGCUGGCUUCCCCAAAGGCUCCUGCCCAUUCCAGACAGCCACAGAACUAUUGGGGAAGUCUCAGACCCAGAAGCAAGCCCCUGAAGUGGUGCUGGAAGGUGAACAGGGUCCCCCAGGCCUUCAAGAUGAAGAUAGGAACAAGCCCCUCUCUGGGUGCCAAGGAGAGGCUCCUGGAAGCAGUGUUAACUGUGGGGAGCUCUCGCCUACAAAAAGGACAAAAGGCUUUUCCCAGCGCAGUGACAAGGCUAGAGCCAGCAAGAACCAGCAGCUCCUAGCUGCAGCAGCCCUCAAGGAUUCCCAGAAUAUCACUCGAUUCCUCUGUCAGAGAACAGGAAACCCUCCUUUACCUGCUUCAGUCCCAAGAUCAGAAGAUGCCUCCCCCUCCUGCGGGGGUGUGCCAGAGAACUGCACAGAUGGAACCCAGGGACAUUUGAAUACUCUAUUUCAGACUGAGUGUCCUAGAGAGGAACCAAGCACCUGCUCACUCACUGAAGGUCAGCCUAGCCCUCGAAACCUGGAUACCCAGCCAGGCAAGAGGCCCAGACCCCAGAAGGUACUGGAGGAAGAGAGCCAGGAGAACUCAGAGAGGGGGACUCAGAAGAGGCUUCGCUCCUCAACCAAGUCCUCCAUCUUGGCUAAGGCCAAGGACAGUGCCUUGGCCAGCAAUCAUAGUGAGAAUAAGGUCGCUCAAGAACCCUACCAGCUCUCAGCUCCUGGUAUCUCUGUGAAAGAGGCUGCAGAUGUUGUAGUCAGGUACCUGACCCCCUUCUACAAGGAAGGCAGAUUCAUAUCCAAGAAGCCGCUUCAUCCAGGCCCUGUGCUGGCCCUAGAGCUGAGUGGGCAUUUCCCCAGGCAGGACGUCGGAUGUCCAAGCCAAGUUCCUACAGCCCAGCUCUGAGUUGAGGACACCCGGUUGACGUCACUGUGGCAACCCCCUGCCUCAGAGCUUCCCAGUGGGGUUGUGCCGCAGGAAGUUUCAGAAGGGCCAGGCAGUGAAGACAGCCGAGAACCACCCAGCACCCAAGGCGCUGCCCAGCGAGGCGCCGCUGCAUUAUCUCCACCCUUCUCAGCAGAGGUCACGGCCACUGUGUGGAGGACAUGCCGCCCUCCAGCAGAAAGAUAAUGGUGUGCUGCAACUCCUGGGCCUGCGGGGCAGGGGUGCAGAGGAUGGUUCAGUACAGCUAUCCCUACUCCCUCCUCUCUGCCCACACUGCUUCUAGACAGACCAGUGGCCUGGGCCCCGCUACACACCCUGGCUUAGUAAACACUUCCAGGGACUAUAGAUGCCUUGACCACUCACUUGAGGCAGCUCCAACCAGAUAGUCUGGGGGUUGUCAGCAGAGCCAUAAUUGAGUUCCAGGCCAGGGGGCCCAUUGUCCUCCAGUGGGCUGAGCAGGUGGAUCUGCUGCAGAUCUUUUAGGGGGAUGGAGCAGCAGAGUUUCUAGGGUAGCAAUGAGUGGUAUGAAAAGUCUGACCCAGGAUCUGAGCCAGUGCCAGAACAGGAGCUCUCCCUACCUGGGAGCUGGGCUCCAUGAGGACAAGGUGUUGGCGGUUGAGCCCCAGGAGGACAGGCCCAGGAAGGGCCAGCUUACUCACUCUCAGCACCACAUACACAGUGUAGCCAAAGAGGGGCAGCUGGGCCGUGGUCUCUGUUGGUAGAGGAGCAGGACAAGAGUCUUGGCUGCAGAUCUCUGGAUCUGCCUCACAUUGCUCCCCAGGGAAAGUGAAGGGGGACUGGGCAUAGAGGCCUCCUCACCCCUCCCUCCUAGGCCUUGACCGUCACCCCCCAACUGUCCCUUUAUGCAGACCUACCAAUAAAGUCAAUCUGUGCUCUCUGCGAGCUGUA